AUGGAACACUAUGACAAACUUCACGAAGAUUCUAAUGCGAGAAUGACUGCUAUGACUGCUAUGACUACCACGAAAACUUCUUCACGAGAGCAUCACAUCCUCAAGCCAACAGCCUCUUUCAAUCAUCACCUGAACCAACCAACCAGCAGCUCGAUCAACUUCACAUCAAGCUCGUCUUCCACUCUUCAAACCACUCAAGCCGUCUUCUCGAUACCACUUCCGAACCUCACAACCGACUUCAAAAUGGUUGCCACCAACAACACCUCAUUCGAGACUGUCCGCACCUCCAGCGUCCCCAGCAACAAGGCCGGCAACAACUCCGCGAAGAAGGCCUUCAGCUCUGUCGCCAAGCACCUGAAGGAGCACCACCAGAGCGUCAACAACGCCUUCGCUUCCUACUACGGCCUCCAAGGACAGAUGCACCCCCAGAACUAA